AUGGCCAAUGAUAGUGCCGAUGACAUUAACGUCGGCGUAGCCCUCAGUACCGCUCUGCUUCUCCCCAGCAAUCUCAACCAAAACGCCGAGUUGAGCGAGUAUGAAAGCUACGCCCUGAUGCUUCAACGCUCCGUUCAAGCCAUCCAGCACGCUCAUUCCUUCUCAGUACAAUCAUUUGAGAAUCGGAAGAAGCUGACCGAGAAAAAGAGGGAGGUCUCCACUCUUCAAAAGACUAAUAAGAACUUGCAAUCAAAGAUGAAGACCCUGGAAGAUCAGGCUGAGGAUGCUAUCAAAGCUCAACAUGACGCCGAAGAGAAAGCAGGUGCUGCUGAGGCGAUAAACAAAGUUCUUCAAGCCCAGCUGAAAGAGGCCGAGGACAAGGUGGCCGAGGCCCAAAGAGAGCUUCAAGACGCCCUGGCCACCAAAGAGGCCGAGGUCAAGGCCGCCGACAAGAAGGGCUACAACGAAGGGAUGGCCAAUCUUGAAGUCCCCGAGGACACACCCCUUAGGAACGCCGAUGACAUUCCUCUUCCAUUCCCUCCAACUCCAACUCUAACUCAAUCCAAUGACGACUCUGAAUCUAAGGAGGAGGUUUUGGAUGAGGAAGUCCCCAAGGAUGCCACUCCAGAGAAGGCGUCAUCGGACGUGCCUCCUGCCGACAAGAGCAUAGAUGAAACCCUUCAAGAAAUUGAUACUGAACUUGUGGCCGAGAAGGUUACCGAGAUGUCUUCUCAGCAGUCCUCCGAGGUCCAAACCCAGCUUGCUGCUGAAAACUCUUGA